UUUUCACCCUACACAACAACACACAGUAGUUGGCCUUACAAAGUGAACGUCGUCGCGGACAACGGGUACAUUGGGCAUUAUGUCUGCCCCUGAAAUUGAAAUUGCUAAUAUUGCGAAUUUUGAGAAAAUCCAAAACUUUCUCAACGAUUCCGCCUACAAGGAGAUUUUGGAGAACAGCGAAAACUACAAUACCCGACUAUGUAUCGAAAGACGCUUACGGAUGCCUUUUCUCGAUCCACAGACUGGUGUGGCCCAGACACAUUGUGCCCUGUUUGUUAAACAAAAACAACGUAUGCCUGGUUUUCGUGAAGGUCAGCUCUAUACAUAUCCUUCGUCGAGAUGGCGUAAACCGAAACGACAAUAUUUGCACAAUCAUCACCACAGCUAUCGUCCAUAUCAAUAUCGUGAAUCGCAUCACAAUCAUCAUCAUUACUCAUCGAAUAGUGGAUCAGGUGCUUCCAGGGAUCAUCAUCAAAAUGAAAAUGCAGCUUUAACAGCCGAUGGCAAUUCUAUGAGCGCAUCUGGUGACAAUGAUAGCAAAGAUUCUCAUGCUAAUGCUGAAAAAGAAUGGUUCCAUGAUGACAUGGAAAUGUCAUAUCAUCAUCAUGAAGAUUUUGAAGAUGAUUUUGAAUCGGAUAAUGAUUUCGAUGAAUCGUAUAGUGCGCGAGGCAAACGUAAACGUGGUACUGGUGGUGGCGGCGGUACACGAUGGCGUCGUUCGAACGCUGCUUCCGAUGGUACUCCAAAGCGUGGACGCAAGGGAGGCGGCACUCGUCGCCGCGGUGCAGCUAAUGCUGAUGGCGAAGAACCACCGCGACGUCGUCGUGGUGGCGCCGGAUCAAAUACCUCAUCAGCAGCGGCGGUAGCUGCUAUUGCAACCAGUGUAGCUCCCGCAACAAUAAGUCAUUCCAAUUCUGCAUCACCAAUAACAAAUACCGAUGAUUCCUCGCAACCCGGUCUUACAAUGCCUUCCAGUGUCAAUAUGAAUGCACCCGUACAAGCUCCAAUAGUACCACCAACAAUCGAUAAUUCGUCAUCAAAUGCAACGGAUGCCUCAAUGGGUUUACCAACCGAUAGUAAUUCAUCUAGUGCAGCUGCCUCAGGGCCAACGGCCGCGACGGUAGCAACAAUCGCAGCUUCUGCUGGUGCUGCAUCUGUUGCAACAACAACAGUUGCCAGUGUACCAGUUACCGUGGGUGUCAGUGCUACUACGGCCAGCCCCAGUAAAGUGGCUGGCAAACCUGGCAAGGGACGUUCAAAUUAUCGUGAAGUGGCCCAGCCAUCACCAUAUUGCGAUUUCUGUUUGGGCGAUCAACGUGAGAAUAAAAAGACUAACUUACCCGAAGAAUUGGUUUCAUGUUCCGACUGCGGUCGUUCGGGUCAUCCAUCGUGUUUGCAAUUUACACCCAAUAUGAUUAUUUCGGUUAAACGUUAUCGUUGGCAGUGUAUCGAAUGCAAAUACUGUUCGAUUUGUGGUACAUCGGAUAAUGACGAUCAGCUGCUGUUUUGCGAUGAUUGUGAUCGUGGCUAUCACAUGUAUUGUCUUUCGCCGCCACUGGUAACACCUCCUGAAGGUUCAUGGAGUUGUAAAUUAUGCUUGGAAGAAUUCCAUAAAACUGAACCAACAGAAGCUGCAGCGGCAGCGGCAACUCCGCCAGCUGCGCCAUCAGCAGAAAAUACCAAUUGA